GUUGUUGUGUAUGAUGUCACACGACGUCAUUUGGAUGGCUCUAUAAGGCGUGGUUCAUCCAAGCGCACCAAGCCCACGCUUUCUACUGAUCUGACUGCAACUAUGAACACACUCUUUGGUACCCUGUCUCGCACAACCGCUCUUCGUCGUGUCCCGCUCGCUCUUCGCCGUCCUCCACAGUUCCAAAGCUCUUUCCAAUUCACAGCCCGUCCAGCAGCCGUAAACAUUUCCCAGGUCCACGCACGGUUCGCAGCAAGCUCGGUCUCGGGCAGACCAGGUAGUCAGACUAUCGAGCACGCGAGGCAGAAUGUGAAAGAGGAAGUCGGGAACUCAAUGACAGACUGGGCGCGCUCGAUCGCUGGUGGCGUGUUCACAGUAGACAGUGUCAAGCCAACAAAAGACUCCUUCUUCGGUAUCACCACUGCAGUCGCCCACUCUGUGCCAACCCCCUAUCUCGUCAUGGGCCUGGCUGGUGGUAUCCCAUACAUCGCGUCGUCUGUGACUACCGUAUAUCUUGCGCACCAAGCAGGUCUUGCAACCAUGGGUGUUAUCACAAACAUGGACCCUGGUGUUGCGCUGAACAUCCUAGACCAAGCGCUUAACUUCCAAGUCCACUAUGGCGCAGUGCUUCUAUCCUUCCUUGGUGCAAUCCAUUGGGGUAUGGAAUUUAGUGGUAUGGGCGGGUACAAAGGCUACCCCCGUCUGCUCCUCGGCGUCUCUCCCGCAGUCUUGGCUUGGUCGACUAUUACCCUCCAGCCUACUUUUGCGCUACUUUGGCAGUGGCUUGGAUUCACUGCACUGUGGUAUGCCGAUAAUAGAGUCACGUCUGCCGGUUGGACACCAAAAUGGUACUCCCAGUACCGCUUCUACCUCUCCAUCCUCGUGGGCACCUGCAUCAUCGGUUCCCUUGCAGGAAUCUCGUAUUAUGGACCUGUAGCCGGCCAUGGUCUUCUCUCCCACGACUUGAAUAUGAUUCGCGCUGAGCGCAAACUUAUUGAGCCUGAGCGCACGGGCCACGUCGGUGGGGACAUUGAAGCUGUUUCGGGUGACGAGUCGAGCGACACAUACGUUGUCAUCCGCCGGAAGAAGAACGGAAAUGGCGACAAUGGAGCUGAGGUGCACGCUCAACAGUGAUAUGUUACUCAAGGUGAUGGAGGACUUGCCGAAAAGUCAACCGCGGAGCUGGACGUUGUGGAAAUAAUCAUUACCAUCACUUGUACUUGUCAGCUGUAUAUCUGUACGUGUAUCAUACCUCUUGUUGUACUAUCAUUCCAAAACAAAUGUUUUUCGAUACCUGAUUGGGAUGGGGCGUACUUAGUACUAGUAAUAGGAGCUAUUGAGAUGAAAAUAAAUGUUGAAAAUUGCCA